GUCACGUGAGGAGGGCUGCCCCUGUCCCAGCAGCUGCCGGGGCUCCAUCCCUCCUUCCUUCCUUCCAGGGGCGCCGCGAUGUCCAACGUCUCCAAGAAGGUCUCCUGGUCCGGGAGGGAGCGGGAGAGGGACCCGGGGCCCCAGCAGGGCGAGGCCACCCCGCUCCUCCUCAACGGCAGCCGAGCAGGAGCAGGAGCAGGAGGAGGCUCCCCCCGGAGCAGGCAGCAGCUCACAUCAUCCUCCUCUUCGUCGCGACUGGGACGCCUGAGCAACGUGGACCUCAACGAUGACCACGAAACGGAAGCGGAGGCCGCCCGUCCUUUUCCGCAUGAGAUCCCCCACAGCGAGAAGCUCCUCUCUCUCAAGUAUGAGAGCCUGGAUUAUGACAACUGUGAGAACCAGCUGUUCCUGGAGGAAGAGAAGCGCAUCAACCACACGGCUUUCCGGACGGUGGAGAUCCGGCGCUGGGUGAUCUGCGCUAUGAUCGGGAUCCUGACCGGCCUCGUGGCUUGCUUCAUCGACAUUGUGGUGGAGUACAUUGCCGGGAUGAAGUACAAAGUGGUGAAAGGCAAUAUCGACAAAUUCACAGAGACGGGCAACUUGUCCUUUGCGCUGCUGCUCUGGACCACCCUGAAUGCAAGUUUUGUGAUGGUCGGUUCUGCUAUUGUUGCUUUUAUUGAGCCCGUGGCGGCCGGCAGCGGCAUCCCCCAGAUCAAGUGUUACCUCAACGGCGUCAAGAUCCCCCACGUGGUCCGGCUGAAGACACUGGUGGUUAAAGUCUGUGGCGUGAUUUUCUCUGUGGUCGGAGGCCUGGCAGUUGGAAAGGAAGGCCCCAUGAUUCACUCCGGAGCAGUCAUUGCGGCCGGCAUCUCUCAAGGGCGCUCCACUUCCCUAAAGAGAGACUUCAAGAUCUUUGAAUAUUUCCGGAGAGACACUGAGAAACGGGAUUUCGUCUCGGCCGGAGCUGCGGCUGGUGUUUCAGCCGCUUUUGGGGCUCCUGUGGGCGGCGUUCUGUUCAGUUUGGAGGAAGGCGCCUCUUUUUGGAACCAGUUCCUGACAUGGAGAAUAUUCUUUGCCUCCAUGAUCUCCACCUUCACCUUGAACUCCAUUUUGAGCAUCUACAAAGGCAACCCUUGGGACCUCUCCAGCCCUGGACUCAUCAAUUUUGGCCGCUUUGACUCCGAGAAAAUGGGGUACACGAUCCAGGAGAUCCCGAUUUUCAUCUUCAUGGGGAUGGUGGGUGGGGUCCUUGGAGCCCUGUUCAACGCCUUGAACUACUGGCUGACCAUGUUUCGGAUCAGGUACAUCCACCGGCCGUGCCUCCAGGUGGUCGAGGCCAUGCUGGUGGGGGCUGUGACCGCGGCGGUGGCCUUUGUCAUGAUCUACACCUCCAGAGACUGCCAGCCCCUCCAAGGGAACAGCAUGGCUUACUCCCUCCAGCUCUUCUGCCCUGAUGGCGAAUACAACGCAAUGGCUGCUGCGUUCUUCAACACCCCCGAAAAGAGCGUCGUCCGCCUCUUCCACGAUCCCCCAGGCACCUAUGACCCCAUGACCCUGGGCAUGUUCACCCUGAUGUACUUCUUCCUGGCCUGCUGGACCUAUGGGCUGACCGUCUCGGCCGGCGUCUUCAUCCCCUCCUUGCUCAUUGGGGCCGCUUGGGGACGCCUUUUUGGCAUCUCCCUUUCCUAUGCCACAAACAGCUGGAUUUGGGCCGAUCCUGGGAAGUACGCCUUGAUGGGAGCCGCGGCACAGCUGGGUGGGAUCGUGCGCAUGACGCUGAGCCUGACGGUCAUCAUGAUGGAGGCCACGGGAAACGUCACCUACGGAUUCCCCAUCAUGUUGGUGCUGAUGACGGCAAAGAUCGUGGGGGAUUAUUUUGUUGAGGGCUUGUACGACAUGCACAUCCAGCUCCAGAGCGUCCCCUUCUUGCAUUGGGAGGCUCCAGUCACCUCCCAUUCCUUCACUGCCAGGGAAGUGAUGAGCACACCUGUUACCUGCCUGAGGAGGAUCGAGAAGGUGGGCACCAUUGUGGACGUCCUGAGCCACACCGCUUCCAACCACAACGGCUUUCCCGUCGUGGAGAACAUUCCUGGGCAUGACCAGAUGGCGGGUCUGCGGGGCCUGAUCCUGCGCUCCCAGCUGAUUGUGCUCCUGAAGCACAAGGUCUUUGUAGAAAGGGCCAACCUGAGCCUGGUGCAGCACCGUCUGAAGCUGAAGGACUUCCGAGACGCUUAUCCCCGGUUCCCCCCGAUUCAGUCCAUCCACGUCUCCCAGGACGAGCGGGAAUGCAUGAUGGACCUGACCGAGUUCAUGAACCCCUCGCCUUACACUGUGCCACAGGAGGCCUCCCUGCCCAGGGUCUUCAAGCUCUUCCGGGCGCUAGGUCUGCGGCACCUUGUUGUGGUUGACAAGCACAACCAGGUGGUGGGGCUGGUCACCAGGAAGGACCUGGCCCGCUACCGACUGGGCAAGGAAGGCAUCGAGGAGGUACCCCUGGCGCAGACGUGACUUUGCCCUCGGCGUCCCAGAUCUUGCCAUCACAGUUGCCUUUUGGGAGAACCACCGAAGAAGGAGCCGACCCAGACGCCCAGAUUUGGGGGCAUCUCAUCGACCCCCCAGUCUUUCCUCUUUGGCUCAUUUCUCUCCUCCCAGGAAUGGACUCAUCCCUCCGUUCUUUCCGUUUCUUUCCUCCACCGGGACCAGCACCUUCUUCCCAUUUGCACUUGGCUGGGACUGGAUUUGGAGAAGGUUCUGCUGGAAACCCCUUUGAGGUCCUGGGUGGGCUCCUGAAGGGAAGCGAAGCAGCCGCCUCAUGGACCCACUGGUCUUUUUAUUUUGGCGGGGGGUAUCUUUUCUUUAGUUCCUCUAAAUAGGCUUUGCCCCUUGCCCCCAACUCUUGGCCCAUCUCUCACCAAGUGUGCCUUCCAAGAGAGACCCCCAUGAAGCGGACCUUUUUUGGAAAUUUGGUCCUGGGGGCAGCGAAGGCGUCAGGAAAACCCCAGCAGGAAAAUAUCUGGGACCCCAGUUGUGUGUCCGUUGUGUGUGUGUGUGUUGUGAGAGUGGCAUUGCUGUGGCUUCGUCUGCAUGCGGAAGAGGAAGCAGCAAAGGCCCUCCUGAGCCCUCUCUGACUCCCGUCGUUUGCAGCACUUGGAGAAAUUGUGAGUUUUGAACAUGAUUUUGGCCCAGAAUCCAGCAUUCGCUUGGGAACGGCAGCCCAAGACACCUUUCAAGAAAGUUUACUUUCCUAAGCGCUGUGUCUUUUGCACCGUUGGUGCUGCUGGAUACAAUGGCAGGGGAAUAGUACCCUCAGUUUUGGGGUCCUUGGCAAAGUCAGACCUCUCUUCCAUGGAAAGCCUUCUCUGUUGCCCCCAGUGCCCCUUCCCCACUCCUCCUGCCAUUGUAUCCGGAGUCUCAGGUGACUGUCACCAACCCCAAGUUGAGUUUUUGGGAGCUCUUGCACAACACAACACCCCUCUGGAUUAACCUGAGAAGGCCUUGCACACCUGUGUUGGUGUGUGUGUGUCUGUGUGGAGAAGUAUCCCUCAACUGCGCACCUUGUCUUCUUUCACAGAUCCCCUUUUCACCGAGGGUUGCAUUGGGGGAUUGCUGUGAGUUUGGGGCGGCAUCCUUUCAGCCUCUUUGGACUCCAGCUUCCAGGGUUCCUUAUAGAUCUGCUGGCAGUUCUUUCAAAAGAGGCUGGAAGAAGCGCACUGCAGGGCAGGCGUAAGCAGGUGGGCUUUCCUUCGUUUUGCAGGGUUGGCACGAAUGGCGUUGGCAGCUGGCAGGCUGGCUUCCCUGGCCUCCAGCCUUUGGUCUGUGGUUCAGGGCUUGCGGUUUUUUAAACAUCCUCCAUCGCUUUUGGGCACUUGCCUCUCCUCUUUUCUACGACAUCUUCGGCUGCACCUUCGUGAGAGUUAUUCCCUUCCCUUUUUAUGUCUUUGCUGAAAUAAAAUCUGAGCUAUUUAUACUUUU